AAUAGAAAUUUGACUUUUGAUAAACUGGAAUGGUGCGUUCAGUGUAAAUGUUUUUAAUUUUCGACCAGAAUACGUCAUUAAAAUAUCAGUCCAGGUUUAAAUAAUCCUUCUUUUGAAGAAUGACAAGGCGGUCAAACGGAUAAUAUUACGCGGGCGUCAUUGGCUAUUUAAAGGAUGAUUUGGGAAAAGUAUUUCUUGGUACUGCGGUGCUGCAGAUGGAGCGCGAGUAGGUUUCUCAAGAGGAAUUACAGCUUUCUUCCUGGUGAUGACGUGAAAUCUCUGCGGUCUGUGAUCAGCCCGGAUGUGUCCAAGAUCCGCAACAUCGGCAUCAUGGCCCACAUCGACGCGGGAAAGACGACGACCACGGAGAGGAUGCUUUACUACGCCGGCUACAUCAGAGCGCUGGGAGACGUGGACGACGGCGACACGGUGACGGACUUCAUGGCUCAAGAGCGGGAGCGCGGGAUCACCAUCCAGUCGGCGGCGGUGACCUUUGACUGGAAGGGUCACAGGAUCAACCUGAUAGACACGCCGGGUCACGUGGACUUUACUCUGGAGGUGGAACGGGCUCUUCGGGUUCUGGACGGGGCCGUCGCCGUGUUUGAUGCGUCUGCCGGCGUCGAGGCUCAGACUGUGACCGUGUGGAGGCAGGCGGCGAAGCAUCACGUCCCGUGCGUUUGCUUCCUGAACAAGAUGGACAAGCCCGCAGCCGACCUCAAUUUCUCCUUGGAGAGCAUCAGGCAGAAGCUGAAAGCCAAUCCGGUCCUCCUUCAGAUUCCUGUCGGCAGAGGCAGGAACUUCUCCGGUGUGAUCGACCUGUUGACCAAUCAGAGGCUGACGUGGGAGCCGACGGACGACGGGCGCGCUUUUGAAACCAGACGCCUUAGCGAGUCCCAGCAGGAGGAAGCGGCACUCCUGCGGGAAGUCCGGCAGGCCCGAAUGGCUUUAAUUGAGCAGGUUGCAGAUCUGGAUGAUGAGUUUGCCGAACUGCUGCUGAGCGACUUCAGUGACAAUUUUGACGCUGUCCCUUACAUUAAACUCCGAGAGGCGGUGCGGCGGCUCACUCUGGCCCGUAAAGGCGUCCCGGUGCUCUGCGGAAGCUCUUUACGCAACAAAGGCGUUCAACCGCUCCUGGACGCCAUCACCGCCUUCCUGCCGGCCCCCGACGAAAGGCCCCACGACCUGGUGCGCUGGUACAAGGACGACUUGUGCGCUCUGGCCUUCAAGGUUCUCCACGACAAGCAGCGCGGCCCGCUUGUUUUCCUUCGGAUCUACUCGGGAACGCUGAGAGCGCAGACGGCGAUGCACAACAUCAACAGGAACAGCACCGAAAGGUUGAGCAGACUGCUGGUGCCUUUUGCCGACCAACACGUGCAAAUCCCCUCGAUGACGGCGGGAAACAUCGCCCUCGCUGUCGGACUCAAGCAGACGGUAACUGGCGACACCGUCGUCUCCUCCAAAGCGUCGGCCGCCGCCGCCGCCCGCCGAGCGCAGACCGACGGCCGGACCGGCGCGGUCCUCUCCGGGGUGGAGGUCCCCGACCCCGUCUUCUUCUGCACCAUCGAGCCCCCCACCGUGGCCAAACAGGCCGAUCUUGAGAAUGCGCUGAACAAUCUCCAGAGAGAAGACCCCAGUCUGAAAGUCCGGAUUGACCCGGAUUCCGGACAGACUAUUUUGUGCGGCAUGGGAGAGCUGCACAUCGAGAUCAUCCACGAUCGAAUCCGGAGGGAGUACGGCAUCGAGACCCACCUGGGCCCGCUGCGGGUGGCGUACCGGGAGACCGUCCUCCACCGGGCCGCCGCCGUCGACACGCUGGACCGCGCGGUGGGCGAGAGGCGACACGUGGUGACGGUGGAGCUGGCCGUCCGACCCGACCGCGACCGCGCCGACGGGUCCCGUCGAGUGACGUUCGCGGAGGAAGCCGCCGGGACCUUGUCGGAAGGUAUGAGGGAGGCGGUGGAGAACGGAGUGCACAGCUCCUACCUCCAAGGUCCAUUGCUGGGCUCCCCUCUACAGGGCGUGUCCACUCUGAUCCAACGCGUCCACAUGGAAGCGGGAACUUCUCCGGCCAUGGUUUCCGCCUGCGCGUCUCGUUGCGUGCUGAAGGCUCUGAGGCUGGCCGGAGGGCAGGUUCUGGAGCCCGUCAUGUCCAUGGAGGUGACGGUGGAGGAGCAACACCUGGGCGCCGUGCUGGGCGACCUGGCGCAGAGGCGAGGCACGGUCCGGGACAUCCGCAGUCGGCAGGACGACAAGGUGCUGCUGGCCGGCGUGCCCUUGGCGGAGACCAGGGACUAUUCCACAGUCCUGCGAACAUUGACCUCGGGGAAGGCCACCUUCUCCUUGGAGCUCGACACGUACGAGGCCAUGAGCGAGCACGAGCAGAACACGCUGCUGAAGCGAAUGGCCGGCUUGCUGUGAUUGGCUGCUGAUUUGGACCGAAGGCGUGGCUACAAGAACCUUCUAUGACUCUGGACUUGAGUCAGGGUUUCCAUGCGAGAGGAAGCCGAAGCACCCGCAGAACACCCGCUCGAGCAUCAACUGCACACAGGAGGCCGGAUUUGAACCCACUACCUCCAAACUGUGAGGCAGACGUGCUAACCGCUCACUUGAAGUGCUUUUAAUGAUCGUAAUAAAAAAAAAAAGAACGGUAUACAGAGUCAAUUUGUCAGCAUUUAUAUUCAGUCUUACAAAAAUGACAAAAGAGUGCAUUGAUCAGAGAGCGCGUGUGUGUAUUCAAAAAUAAAAAGGUGCCUUCAUUAUGCGA